GACGUUUUUAAAACUGGUGCGGCUCAGUGUUGACUGUUGACAAAUCUCAUAUUUACCGUAUCCGUAGAGGUGGCCUGUCAUUGCUGGCAUCACGGAAAGAAAAAUGUCCUCAAAAAUUCCUAGAGGUGCACAGUUACCUGCAGAAACGAAGAAAACGGGUAAUAAAUUUGAAUCCAAAGACACAGCAGCUGCAUCUGCAAAUGCUGCCCAAAAAUCAGAUGGCAUCCUUAGACCUCAAAAAGAAAACUUACCAAGAAAAAAUGUUGCUUCUAAAGUUCACAAAGGGGUGUCCACCAGGUACGGGCAACAGGCAGAGCUCAAGGAGCAAAAUCAGCAUUUGACGAUUGUCAACGAGGAGCUGCAGAAAAACCUCACAGAGACACAGCAAAGGGUAGAUGAGUUGAAGCUGCAGUUCAGUGACCUUGAGAAGGAGAAUGCAGAGGCACAGAAACAGCUGAAGGACUGCCAUGUUCUCCUAGUCGCAGCAAAAAUAGACCCAGUUUUAGGAGAAAGGGUUGGAGAUGCUGCACAACAAAAUGAAGAUCAAAGAAAAGAAGCUAUGAGUGUCUCUGCGGACCUGCUGAAUGAAUUAAGGACAUUUGGUGAUACUGCAUCACAGCAACGUGCUCGGCUAGAGGAAAUCCAAACAACAAUGACAGACCUCACUAAAGCACGAGAAUGCAUGAUGCAGGAAAGGGAGAACUUUUGUCUGGAGGCUGCUGAGAUGGAAAAAGCUCUCAAGGAAGCAGAGGCUCUCUUACUGUAAAAGUGUAUUGUAAUCUCUCAAUUUAAAAUAAGUCUUCUUUAAAAGAAACUGUAUAUUAAUGUUUGAUGUGUUUUAAUGUUAGUGUGAUUGAAAAAGAAUAAAGGUUUCUUAUUGCCUGAUGUUGCUCAUCUCUCUUCAUAUUUCAGCCAAAAUAUGCUUUUACACACAUCAUGUUUUUUAUGGUUCAAAUGGGAUGUACAAUAUUUUUUGUGUGUCACCUCAUUUAGAAUUACCCAUGUCUUGCUUGAGAGGAAAACUUUAUUUUGCCUCCACGCGGGCGACCUCAUCCAUCCCAUUCUUGUGAACGUGAUAUAUCAGGAACGCCUGGAGGGAAUUUAAUUACAUCUGACACAUAUGUCCACUUGGACUCAAGGGUGAAAUAAUUAGAAUUUGGUGGUCAAAUGUCAAGGUCACCAUGACCUUACAAAACAGCAAUUUGACUGGUUGACAGGCCAUGAAGUGGUAAUUCUAGUUUUUAACACUAUAUCUACAACUGAAGAUAUUUUGUAUAUAA